UCUAAACGGAUCAAAUGAAAGGAGAUGACAGAAGAAAAUUGAAGGAAAAAAAAAAAAUCGUUGGACAUGGCAGUCGCAGUUGACGUCAACAACGUAAGCAAUCCUUCUCAAACAUAAAUAAGUGGUUAUCGCUAGAGCGAUCUUUCUCCAUGUGAUUACCACCAUUCAUAAUAGAAAAAACGAAGAAAGAAAAAAGAGUUGGAAGCAAAGGAUUCAUGGAAGCCACCACUCUCACCUACCUAACUCUCUCCAUCUCCAUCCUCACCACCUUCAUCCUUUACCUCCUCCUCCGCCCACCCACCAAAUCCCCCAACCACUGCCCCUUCCCCCACCCCCUCCUCGGCAACCUCGUCCCCUUCCUCCGCAACCGCCACCGCUUCCUCGACUGGGUCUCCGACCUCCUCUCCACCUCCCCCACCGCCACCGUCGAGGUCCGCGGCCCGCUCGGCCUCUCUCGCGGUGUCGGCACCGCCAACCCCCUCGUCGUCGACCACCUCCUCCGCUCCAACUUCUCCAAUUACAUCAAAGGCGACCGCACCCGCACCGCCCUCUUCGACCUCCUCGGCGACGGCAUCUUCAACGCCGAAGGCCACCUCUGGGCUCCCCAGCGCAAGACCGCCAGCCGCGAGUUCACUUCUCGCUCUCUCAAGUCCUUCAUCACCCACGUGGUUCGCUCCCAGCUUCGCAGCCGCCUCCUCCCCCUCCUCUCCGCCGCCGCAGACACCGGCGAGCCUCUCGACCUCCAGGAUGCGCUUCGCCGCUUCUCCUUCGACAACCUCUGCACCGUCGCUUUUGGAACCGAUCCUUCCUCCCUCCACCACGAUAACUCUCGGCAUCGACCUCAUCACCACGACUCAUUCUUCCUGGCUUUCGAUGAAGCCGUCGAGAUCUCGUCGGCACGACUCCUCUCCCCCGUGCCGUGGGUCUGGAAGCUGAAGAAAUUCCUCAAUAUCGGCUCUGAAAGGAGGCUCCGUGAUGCCAUCAAAUUAAUAGAUGACUACGCCAUGAAGAUCACUGCCUUGAAAGAGGAACAAGAAGUCGAGAAGCAAGAUUUGCUCUCGAGGUUCAUGUCGGCCAUCGAAGAAGAUGAUAGCGAACUGAGCACGAUGUUUAAAGACAAAAAGGAGAAGAGGAGGUUUCUGAGGGAUAUAGUGAUUAGCUUUGUUCUCGCCGGCAAAGACUCCACGUCGGCAGGGCUGACCUGGUUCUUCUGGCUGCUAGCUGUGAAUCCACGAUGUGAGAAAAGAAUUUAUGAGGAGAUAUCUCAGCUGGUGGAUGGAGAGGAAGGAGAUGAAUUGGGGUAUGAUGAGAUCAAGGGAAUGCACUACCUCCAUGCAGCGAUCACGGAGGCUCUCAGACUGUACCCACCAGUGCCGAUCGACUCGAGGGUGGCGGCGGCCGAUGACGUGCUACCGGAUGGGACGAGAGUGAAGGCCGGGUGGUUUGCGGACUACUCGGCGUAUGCGAUGGCGAGGGAUGAGAGAGUGUGGGGGAAGGACUGUUGCGAGUUUGUGCCGGAGCGGUGGUUGGAUGGGAAGGGGGAGUUUGUGGGGGUGGAGAUGGCGAGGUUCCCGGUGUUCCAUGCGGGGCCGAGGACGUGCCUUGGCAGGGAGAUGGCUUACAUGCAGAUGAAGACGGUGGCAGCGGCGGUGUUGAGGAGGUUCGAGGUGGAGGCGGUGGCGGGGAGUGGAGGUGGGGAGGUGGUGGCGCCGCCGUAUGAGAUGUCCAUCACGCUUAGGAUGAGAGGGGGGUUUGCUGUCCGCGUCAGAAGGAGGGUGGAAAUGGAAGCGUAGAGGCCAAGUAAGGCAGUUUGCGGAGUCGGAUCGAGUGCUCUUUUAAUGUUACGGAAUGUGGCAUUUCGUCGAACAGAACGUUAAGUUCCAAGGCGCCUCCCCGGAGCGGAAGGAUAAGGUGUCUCUGGUGGACUCGUAACGGACAGGACUCGUAAACUUGGCACGUCAGAUUUUAUAUAUCAUAUAUAUAAAAUCUGAGUUAAGUUUAUUUUUAUUUUUUUCUAGACACUUGAAGUAGUUCCUUAAUAAGUGGGUCAACCAUCCUAAUAUAUUAAAUUUUUGUUUACCCAAGAACGAGGCGAAUUUUAAAUUUCGU